UGCUGGCGGGCCAUAGUCUGGGACAUGCUCGUCGACGAAGGCCUCGCCGACGUCGUCGACUUUGUGGGCUCGAUGAACAACAACCCGCAGAACUGCGUCGCCCAGUCCGGGUCCUUCGACCUGGACCACGAGGGCCACUCGGGGUGGCUGGCCAUCGACAUUGCGAACCAGCAUCUGCAAGGGUGGCUGGCGAGCACGAAGCCUGACAUUGUGCAGUUCAUGCUCGGCACCAACGACGUGUUUCAGGGGAGGGCGACUGGCGACAUCGUGGCGGCGUACACGCGCAUGGUGGACCUCAUGAGGGCCUCGAAUGCGGAGAUGAGGAUCAUUGUCGACCUGGUGAUUCCGAUUGCGUUUGGCAGUCAGGGUGUCAAUGCGCUGAAUGCGCAGAUUCCCGGGUGGGCGCAGCGGCUUGAUACCCCUGAGUCGCCUAUUGAGAUUGCGGACUGCUCGGCCAACGCUGGGUAUACGACGGGCAUGCUGCGGGAUGGUGUGCAUCCUAAUGCGGAGGGUGAUGCUCUCAUUGCGAGGCAGGUCGGUCCUAUUCUCAUUGAGUAUGUGAGGGAGCUGGCGGCCGAGAGGGGGUUCUGCGUGUAACUCGGAGAUGGUGGAAGGAAGGGGG